GGCGCUGGUGCUGCUGGCGGCGCCAGCGCUCGCGUCCUCUGGGCGCGGCACGGCGCUGCAGAAGGUGGUCGAGAUGCUCACCAACAUGGCGUCCAAGGCAAAGCAGAUGAAGAACGAGGAGGAGGUGUCGUUCGCGAAGUUCAGCCAGUGGUGCGGCCACGAGAAGGCCCGCCUCGACGAGCAGAUCAAGAAGGAGGCCUCGGAGCUGGAGAAGAUUCAGACGGAGUCCGCCAGGCUCGCGGCCGACGCGAAGGAGCUCGGCGAGGCGGUCGCGACGCUCCAGAGCGACGUGGCCGGCUACGACGCGGAGCUCAAGGCCCAGGCGUCCGACCGGGAGAAGGGCCACAAGGACUUCCUCGCGGAGCAGCAGGACUACGGCGAGAGCGUGGAUGCGCUGGAGAGGGCCAUCGUGGUGCUGCAGUCGAGGUCCGCCGACGUACCGGCCGCGGCCUCGCUCCUCCAGGCGAGCAACCUGCCCGGCAUGCCCGACAAGAUCAGGGCCGUCAUCGAGACCGCGAUGGAGCUCACCGGUGCGGGCGUGCAGGGCGUGAACCGCCGAGGGGCCAGCCUGCUCGAGCACGGGGCGGCGGGCAAGGCCCGCCGAGAGCCCAGCCCUUUGGACUACGAGGCGCCGGAGGCGAACGCGUACGAGUUCCAGUCCGGCGGCAUCGUGGAGAUGCUGAAGAGGCUUUUGGACGAGUUCGUCUCGAAGAAGGGCGAGGUCGAGAAGGAGGAGAUGAAUGCGCAGCACGCCUUCGACAUGGUCCGCCAGGACCUCACCGCUUCGAUGGAGAAUGCGAAGGACAGCAUCGGGACCAAGUCCGCCCUCAUGUCUGACAAGCAGGGCAAGGCGGCCGAGCUGACCAAGCAGGCUGUCUCUCUGGCAGAUGUCAAGGUGUCCGAUGAGAAGCUGUUCGCCGACACCAAGGUGGAGUGUGCGGAGAAGUCGGAGUCUUUCGAAGAGAAGCAGCAGCUGCGCGCGGAGGAGAUACAGGCGCUGGAGAAGGCUAUCGAUAUUCUCUCCAGCGACGAGGUUUCAUCCGGGGCCACGCACCUCGCGUUGCCUCAGCGCGGCGCACACGCAUCUGCACUGGCGCAGCUGGUAGGCCGAGGCGCCUCCAAGGACUCCACGGUGGAGACCGGCAUUCGCCGCAAGGUCCGGGAAUUCCUCCUCGCCCAGAGCCAAAAGCUCCACAGCAAGAACCUGGGCCUCCUCGCGUCGAGACUGGAGGCGGACCCGUUCGCCAAGGUGAAGAAAAUGAUUGAAGAGAUGAUAACGAGGCUGAACCAGGAGGCGCACGAGGAUGCGGAGCACGAGGGUUUCUGCGACAAGGAAAUGGGCGCGAGCAAGGUCACCCGUAACAAGCUGUCCGAGACCAUCGACGGCCUCACCGCUGACGUCGAGAACGGCAGGGCCACCAUCGCCAUGCUGACAAAGGAGAUCGCGGAGCUGGAGCAGGAUGUCUCCGAGCUCCGGGCGGCCAUGAAGGAGUCCACCGACCUCCGCUUCGCGGAGAAGAAGAAGAACGAGGAGACCGUGAGCGACGCCGUGGACGCCUCCAAGGCCGUCGCCGCAGCGGUCGCUGUGUUGAAGGACUUCUACAAGAAGUCUUCCAUGGCGACCGGUUUCGUGCAGCUGGCCGCUGGCCAGCCCUACGGCUCCUCCAAGAAGGAGGCCGGCGGCGAGCUUGGCGUCUCGAUGGGCUCCGAGGAGUGGAAGCUGCUGGGCACGGACGACUUCGACAAGAUGGACAAAGGCCACAAGAAGGGGAUGCAGACUUUCGGCGCCGUCUACCAGGGCCAGCAGGACGAGGCUGGCGGUGUGCUGGCCAUGCUUGACGUCAUCGCCUCGGACUUCGCGACGCUGAAGGCAGACACGGAGUCUUCGGAGGCGAUCUCGGCGAAGGCGUAUGAGGAUUUCAUGAAUGGGGCAAAGAAGGACAUUGCUGUCAAGACCAGGAAGAAGGAGAUGAAUGCGCAGGACCAGUUGUCCGCCCAAUCUAGGAUGAACGACGACGUCGCUGACUUGAAGUUCACGCAGGAUAAGCUCCUGGCUGCUGAUCGCUACUACGAGACGCUUGUGCCCCAGUGCCUUGACAAGGGAAUGACGUUCGGGGAGCGCGCGAAGGCGAGGAAAGAGGAGAUAGAGUCGCUGAAGCAGGCACUGGAGAUCCUCAGCAGCGAGGAUGUCGCCUGA